GUCAUUUAUCAAUAGUCAAAAAUCAAAACAAAAACAAUUUCUGAAAAUUAAACCUCUAAUAAAAUUUUAUGAAUUGAAUUGUAUUUGUAUUAGUAACUGUUUUAUGUGAAGCAUAUACAAAAAGAUAAUAAUUAUGAUUGAUGUUAAAAACAAAAUACAUUCUUUCUUUAUUUUUAAUUCUAACUUUGGACCUAAGGAAGGAGAUGAACUGAAAAGAAUUCUAUUUUUUUAUCCAAAUCAAAUGAGUGCUGAUGCUCGCAAAACUCAAGUUGGAUUAUGUGAGGCUGUUGUAAAAUUUAUGACCACAUUUUCCUCCGAACCAUGUGAAGCUUUGCAGACUCAAUCUAAAAGAUAUAUAUUUUACCAACCUGAGAAAGAUUUUUGGAUGGUUCUGGUUGUUCGAAUACCUUAUGCUACAAAAAGUACUGGAGAAAGUAAAGAUGUUGUGGAACCAUCAAUAAUGAAAGACUUUCUGAUAUCAUCAUACAAAAUGUUCCGUAUGUUUGUUGGAUUAUAUAGUCAAAUAACACCUGAAGAAACCUAUAAUAUAUGUGAAACAUUUUUCACCCCGUACAUAUCAAGUAGAGAUAUUUCAAAUGAUAUAAGCAAUGUUAUUCAAGGUAUUAGUUACUUACCACUUGAGAAGAAUUCAUUCUUUAGUGUUAUAUGCUUCAUAGAUUUGCUUGAAGUGAACUACCCUGAGUUUAAAUGUGUAUCUUUUGUCUACAAUGACCAACUUAUCUGGAAUGGCCUUUGCAAGGAUGACAUGCUUACUCUUUAUCAAUAUUUAGUGCAUAACUUACUUCCUAAACAAGUGGAAAAAGAAAUACAAGGUGGAGCUGUAACAGCUGCAGAGAGGCAUGGUCGCUUUAUCAGCCCACCAGAUGGCAUUAAAACUGAAGAAGAUUUACAAAAACUUAGCAAGGUUUAUAUGAUGCGAGAGGAUGACACUGAUACACAACAGUAUUAUCUCAUUAUAUACAGGACUUUGAGUGCUACAAUUUGUUUGACUGUAGAUGUAAAUACAAGUCUCAACUUAUCUACAUUCAGAGCAUUGGAUGCAUUUAUUGGGCCACAACUGUCCACAAUUGCAUCAUCCAUAAGUGAACAGUGUACAAUACAUGCAUUACAAAAUGCUCAAAUAUCACCUUCUGAUCACAAGUUUUUGUACUUCAACAGACUGAACUUAGCGUUAAAAACAUCUACACCUCCAAAUUGCAUGACACCAUCAACAGCAGUUAGACCAGAAGUUUUAAGCAUUAUAGCCAAAAUACAUGCAGAUCAGGAAAGCUUAGGAAAAUAUGGUGAAAUAAUAAUAAAAACUCCAGAUGAGUAUUGGAUCACAGGAAAAUCAUCAAAUGACAGAGAAUUUUAUGUUGUUAUGCAGAAAAAUGCUAAUUUGAAAGAAGUAGCAGAUGAAGUGAAAAGAAUAUGUGAAACUCAAAUGAAAGGUAUUUUCUUUUACCCAAUGUAAAUAAGAAAGGGUGCAUUUAUUACAUUAAAUUCAAUAAUCAUGUACAGAUUAUGUUAAAAUUUUAAAUAAAUCUAUGUUAUAUUACUAUU